UUUCCUAACCAGUCUGACCGCUGCUCGGUAUCGGACGUUCUGAUCAGCGGGAGCCCAUUUAUUUAAUGCUUAUUUAUCAAUCGGCCACCUCUAACACGUCAGUGGGCGUCACACGUUGGUGUAUUUUGUUUUUAGACACGCACAGCAUCUAUUCGGCUUUAUUAGCAUCGCUCUUCGGUGCCGUUUAAGCAUUAUAUGUGGGGCUGUAAUGAGGAAGUGUGUGGAAAUGCGUUGAGAUUAUCCGGUUUCUGCUCCACACACUAUUACAUUACAGGUCCGUUCAUGUUCCCAGGGAGAAAACGGGAGGCGUAACCGUGGCGUGGAUAGGGCGGAGUGGGUCUCUAGCAGUAACCGGGCGAAUAAGGAAGUUGUACAGACGGGUGGAGAACAACAGACACUCCUGUUUAACAAAGCAUUUGUGCAGUUAUAACAUGCCUGCUCAGAAAGUCUGCAUCGUUGGAUCUGGAAACUGGGGAUCCUCCAUUGCCAAAAUCAUCGGCCACAAUGUGAAAGCGUCCAACCGCUUCAACCCCAUGGUUAACAUGUGGGUUUACGAGGAGCUCAUCGACGGGAGAAAGCUCACGGAGAUCAUCAACACCGAGCAUGAAAAUGUUAAAUAUCUGCCGGGUCACACGCUGCCCAAGAAUGUGGUGGCUGUUCCCGACAUCACCGAAGCCGUGAAGGGAGCCAAGAUUCUCAUCUUUGUGAUCCCUCACCAGUUCAUCAGCAAGCUUUGCGAUGAGAUUAAGCCUCACAUGACGGAGGGAGCCAUCGGAAUAUCCCUCAUCAAAGGCAUCGACGAGGGUCCGGACGGACUGAAGCUCAUCUCGGACAUCAUCCGCGAGAAGCUAGAGAUUGAGGUCAGCGUCCUGAUGGGGGCUAACAUCGCCAACGAGGUGGCCGAUGAGAAAUUCUGUGAAACCACCAUCGGGGCAAAAAAUGAGACACAUGGACAAAUAUUCAAGGAGCUGCUGCAGACGCCCAACUUCCGCAUCACGGUUGUGCCUGAGAGUGACACUGUGGAGCUGUGUGGAGCCUUAAAGAACAUCGUGGCAGUCGGCGCCGGCUUCUGCGACGGCCUCGGCUUCGGCGACAACACCAAGGCGGCGGUGAUCAGGCUGGGGCUGAUGGAGAUGGUCGCGUUCGCCAAGCUGUUCUGCAAAGGCGAGGUGAGCUCCGGAACCUUUCUGGAGAGCUGCGGCGUGGCGGACCUGAUCACAACCUGCUACGGAGGGCGGAACCGCCGGGUUGCAGAAGCCUUCGUCAAAACAUCGAAAUCUAUUGCUGAGCUGGAGGCAGAAAUGCUCAACGGCCAGAAGCUCCAGGGCCCACAGACCUCGGCUGAGGUCUACAAGAUUCUGCAAAAGCGAGACAUGGUCAAGAAGUUUCCUUUGUUUGCUGCCGUCUACCAGAUUUGCUAUGAAGGGAAGGAGGUGAAAGAGUUCAUCACCUGUCUGCAGAACCACCCUGAGCACAUGUAGUGGGACACCAGUCCGCCUGUAACCUCCUCUUUCAACCACUAGAGGGUGACACUGAUUCACAAGACAGAAACGCACAACAUGGAUGCCUGAAGAAUAUUUAAGGUUCAUGAUAUCUUGGUGUGUCCCCCCCACCCCCCUUUAUACUUUUAAAGGACAAAUAUUAAAAUCUGUUUUCCUUCAUCAUGUUUUACUGGCUUCAAAUUCACAUUUUAAAAGCAAACGGCCUAAUUUCAGUAACUGCUUAAGUUGUUUUCACUUUUAUACUUUUAUAUCACUACAUGAUGUAUAUCCCUGAUCCCAGAAAACCAACAAUGGAUAUUAUUUUUUACUUUCAUGUGGAGUUGUUUUCUUAUUAAAAUCAAUUCCUGAGAA